CCGGGAUCACCUUGGCGGCGCGGCGGGGAGGCGUGCAGAGCGGCGGCGGCGCUCAGGCGGGACGGUCUCGGAGGCGGAAGCAGCACCAGGAGACACCGAACUCCAGUAACCAUGUCGAAGCACCACGAUGCAGGGACCGCUUUCAUCCAGACCCAGCAGCUGCACGCUGCCAUGGCAGACACCUUUCUGGAGCACAUGUGCCGCCUGGACAUUGACUCUGAGCCGACCACUGCCAGAAACACCGGCAUCAUCUGCACCAUCGGCCCAGCCUCCCGCACUGUGGAGAAGCUGAAGGAAAUGAUUAAAUCUGGAAUGAAUGUUGCCCGCCUCAACUUCUCGCAUGGCACCCACGAGUAUCAUGAGGGCACAAUUAAGAACGUGCGAGAGGCUACAGAGAGCUUUGCCUCCGACCCAAUCACCUACAGACCUGUGGCUAUUGCACUGGACACCAAGGGACCUGAAAUCCGAACUGGACUCAUCAAGGGAAGUGGCACAGCAGAGGUGGAGCUCAAGAAGGGCGCAGCUCUCAAAGUGACCCUGGACAAUGCCUUCAUGGAGAACUGCGAUGAGCACGUCCUGUGGUUGGACUACAAGAACCUCAUCAAAGUUGUAGAUGUGGGCAGCAAAAUCUAUGUGGAUGAUGGUCUCAUUUCCCUGCUGGUUAAGGAGAAAGGCAAGGACUUUGUCAUGACUGAGGUUGAAAAUGGUGGCAUGCUUGGUAGCAAGAAGGGAGUGAACCUCCCUGGUGCUGCGGUUGACCUGCCUGCGGUCUCAGAGAAGGACAUUCAGGACCUGAAAUUUGGUGUGGAGCAGAAUGUGGACAUGGUGUUUGCUUCCUUCAUCCGCAAAGCUGCUGAUGUCCACGCUGUCAGGAAGGUGCUAGGGGAAAAGGGAAAGCACAUCAAGAUCAUCAGCAAGAUUGAGAAUCACGAGGGUGUGCGCAGGUUUGAUGAGAUCAUGGAGGCCAGCGAUGGUAUUAUGGUGGCCCGUGGUGACCUGGGUAUUGAGAUCCCUGCUGAAAAAGUCUUCCUUGCACAGAAGAUGAUGAUUGGGCGCUGUAACAGGGCUGGCAAACCCAUCAUCUGUGCCACUCAGAUGUUGGAAAGCAUGAUCAAGAAACCUCGCCCAACCCGUGCUGAGGGCAGUGAUGUUGCCAAUGCAGUUCUGGAUGGAGCGGACUGCAUCAUGCUGUCUGGGGAGACUGCCAAGGGAGACUACCCGCUGGAGGCUGUGCGCAUGCAGCACGCUAUUGCUCGUGAGGCUGAGGCCGCAAUGUUCCAUCGUCUUCAUUUUGAAGAAAUCUUACGCCACAGUGUACAUCACAGGGAGCCUGCUGAUGCCAUGGCAGCAGGCGCGGUGGAGGCCUCCUUUAAAUGCUUUGCAGCAGCACUGAUAGUUAUGACCGAGUCCGGCAGAUCUGCACACCUGGUGUCCCGGUACCGCCCGCGGGCUCCUAUCAUCGCUGUCACCCGCAAUGACCAAACAGCACGCCAGGCACACCUGUACCGCGGCAUCUUCCCCGUGCUGUGCAAGCAGCCGGCCCACGAUGCCUGGGCGGAGGAUGUGGAUCUCCGUGUGAACCUGGGCAUGAAUGUCGGCAAAGCCCGUGGAUUCUUCAAGACUGGGGACCUGGUGAUCGUGCUGACAGGCUGGCGCCCUGGCUCCGGCUACACCAACACCAUGCGGGUGGUGCCCGUGCCCUGAGCUGCCGGCACCUCCCCUCUUCCACCCCCGCGCCCUUCCCCAUGCGUUAGGCCUGCAGUCGCUUGCGAUGUUCUCCUCGUCCCUAGCGUGGAUUUAGGUUGCUCAACACCACCGAGUGCAGCAGCGGGGGAAGAGACCUUAAAUCACUCAGAAUACUUGAAGUGUGUAGUUGUUUCCAGACCUCUCUGCCUGUAGUUAGCCAUGUCAGAGUGGGGCCCUGCGCUCCCCGUGUCCCCCUAGCUUAGCACUGUCCUCAGGGUGUGGCUGAUGCCUCUCCUUGCCCCGGCUGUGGGGUGAUGGGGAAGGAGUAGGCACUCGUGGUAAACGGUUCUGCUGCUGCACACCGCAGCUCCCCCAGGUUGGUGCCCUCUGUCCCCGAGGGGUUAUGGGUUGUCCCCUCUGGGCUUACACUCCCAAGGUGUGCUCCACGGUUCCUACUAGAAACCCAAACCAGAGUGCUGCUCGUUGUGCCCCUGGGUGCAGGUGGAGUCCUGCAGGUUGGUGGGGUGCAGGAUGGGUGGGGGACGCACGCUUCAUCUCUUUGCAGCCACCUGCCCUUAUAUGGUGUCUGUCUGUGUUGUCGCCUUUCCUGAGAGCAUUCCCUCUAUCUGGGCGCCCUGUUUGCUCCGGUGGAUGUACGGGGUUGUGGAGCACCACUGUGCACGUUAAUAAAGAGCUGAGCACCCCUGC